ACUCCUCCCAGCAUCGCGAACCCUCGCCCUGUUCCCUCGUCCCGCCGUGCUUUGUCUAUCGCGGUGUUGAUGACUGUUAUCGCCCAAGCGACGAUUAUAACCACCAUUCCCUCCUUGCGCGACCAGGCUCCGUCCCCGAACAUCACGUAGUUUCUCAUCCAGACUUUCCCGCAGGCUUCCCCGACUACAACCCUCAUACAGCCAAACCUCCAUUCACUAGGUACCGGCCACGUACGCAACCGCGACCAACCCCGAUUAUCCUCACCGAUUUCUUAACCCGCGAAACUUGGGUCUACGAUCCCAUUAACGACGACACCGUAGACCAGGGUAGACACCCCCCGCCUCAUUGUCGAGCCUCUCCCAAACCUAGCCUUUACCCUCCAAGCUUCCCCGUCAAUACAGAGUACGAAUCGAUUAAGAGGGUUUGUUCGAUUGAGAAUUACGUCAACGAAGCUACCCAAGCUAUGGCUGACCUGGACGUGGGCCCCAGUGGCAGGCGCGACCGUGGCAAUCGCUCCCGCGGAAGCAACAAUCACAACUUUAAUAGACCUCCCAAGCGACCUCGUCCUGAUGAUUCCUACAUGGAUGACGGAUACAAUGAACGCGGACAGUCUCAACACGACCGCCGCCACCGUGGAACUGCCGUUAAUGCUCGGCUUCAACGUAUGCUCGUCAACAUUGCUGGGUCGACGAAGCUCCCCCAGGAUGAGGCCAUGGACAUUGCUCGUCAGUUCGGUGAGCACUUUGAUGAUGAAGCAGUGAAGACCGAGUUCUUCGACCACCUUGUUCAGCUUAUCAUCGAACAGCCCUUUAGGAUCCCACACGUGGCUGCAGUUGCUUUCUAUGCAAACGAUGACAAGCCCGAGAUCACCGCCGAAGCAAUCAAACGGGUUGCGGGGCGCACCCAGGAAAUGCUGAAUGCGGGCCAAUGGAAGGAAUUUAAAUUACUCCUCCGCUUCUUUGCCUGCAUACAGUCACUGCUUGAAGGCGACGGUGUCUUCUUUCUCCUAGACCAGCUGUUCGACACGGUCGUCGACCUGCAGAGUGCAAACGAGAAUGAUGUCGUCGGACUCGAGCUGGUCAAGAUUAUCCUUCUGACAAUUCCGUACGCACUCGUCUCCGGAGGAAGCAGUUUCUACGGAAAAGCUUCAGAGUUGCUGGAGAAGACGAGUAUUGUUGCGACUAACAGGCUCCCUAUGGAGACCCUAGUUGAGUUGUAUGUUUCGGACAGCCCUGAGAAACCUAUUCCGUACCACAGUGCCCUCGGCCUGCUACAGACACAGCUAGAGAAGGAAGCCGAGUCCGGCUGGAACUUCGCUUGCAUCCCUCGAUUCCCGAAGUACAUCCCUAGAAAAAUCGAUGACGACCAGCCGAUGCCGUCUGCCCCUCGCUUGCAUGCUUUACCUACAAUCAGGAUCCCAUCUCCAGUCAAUCCCGGUCCAAAGCUCCUCUUUCCCGAGGCCUACUUCUCUCUCUACACGGACCAUGAGCUUGAGACUGUCCCCAAAACUACAGAUGUCGCAUCUUCAUUGUUGCGAGAUGCGAUCGUCGAUACGAUCAAUCAGCUGGAUGGCAAUAGGGACGAGGCUGCGAGAAUCCUGGUCCAGCUUUCAAAUUAUUGGGCACUGGACACGUUUGCCCCAUCAGGUACCCCGCCGGACAAGCUUGAGGAGGUGGCUAAAGACCAGAAAAUUCCUCCAGGAUCCACGCUCUGGAAGUCCGAAGACAUGAUUAUCGACGCAAUAUUCUCACAGUUGUUCAAAUUGCCUGGUCCAGAGCACAAAUUGGUGUACUAUCACACUUUGAUUACGCAGAGCUGCAAGUUUGCUCCAGCUGCAAUUGCCCCGUCUCUUGGAAGGGCUAUUCGAUUCAUCUACAAGAGUAUCGACGUGAUGGACCUCGAACUUGUCAAUCGAUUCUGCGACUGGUUCUCACAUCAUCUGAGCAAUUUCGAGUUUAGAUGGAGAUGGGCAGAAUGGAUUGAGGAUCUAGAUCGUUCCAACUUGCAUCCAAAGAAGGCAUUUAUCAUUGCCGCGCUCGACAAGGAGAUUCGCCUCUCUUUCGCGAAGCGUAUACGCUCCACGGUUCCCGUAGAGUACCAUUCUUUGAUUCCAGAGGCAAUGGACGAGGACAGGAGCCCAGAUUUCAAAUAUGAUAAUCCUCUAACGCCGUUCGCUCAAGAAGCUCAGACGCUAUUGACUCUAAUUAAAAAGAGGGUCCCGGAGAAGGAUAUCCAAGAGACUAUCGACAAGAUCCAUGAGCAAGCAAUUGGGCUCGACUUUAAGGAUGUCCUUGUGCCAUCCACAGAUGUCUUCGUUACCGCAAUCUGUCGUCUGGGGUCGAAAUCGCUGUCCCACGUCCUGUCCUGCAUCGAGCGAGGCAAAGAACGUCUUCUAAAUAUUGCGAAUACCUCUCCGGCGGCUCGCCGCCAAAUUGUGGCCAGCGUAGUAGAGUAUUGGAAGGACCAGCCGGGCAUUGCGAUCAAUAUCGUUGACAAACUUCUCAACUACCAGAUUCUUGCCCCAUCGACGGUCAUUGAAUGGGCGCUUGGCGACUAUCUGGGCGCCGGAGAGGCUUUGACGGAAGGCUGGGUCUUCGAGAUGGUGGCGAACACGGUGGCCAAAGUCUCGGGUCGGAUCCAUCAGAUCGUGACAGCCAGGCUCCAGAAGGGACUCCCAGCGGAGCAGAUCCAGUUAGUGGAGGCCACUCUCACCAAAGACCGUGAAUCGUCCCGCGCCCUGUUCAAGCUCAUCGAGGAUUCGGUGUCAGCGGUUGCUCAAGGCUCUGCGAACCACCUCAUCGAGAAAGAAACUAACGGCGAGCUGUCGGCGGAAGACGGCCAACUUAUUCGCGACUGGGCUAAGCGAUGGCAGACGGUGUUCAUCCGCAAGUCGCAGGUCGAAGAGUCGGUCGUCGGCGAGGAAGCAGUCGAUGCCAAGAUUAGGCUUCUAGCUGCCGAGCCAGAGCCAGAGCCAGAGCCAGAGUCCACGAGCAUGCAUGAAGGCAACGGCUUCGCGGAGCACAAAGUCAACGGCGAGGAGGAGAUGGUCUGA